CCCUCCAGCCUGGGGAACAGGAGGAAACCUCAUCUCUUAAAACAAAAUUACAGAUUCCUGGUUCCUGGUUCCACCCCUGGAGUUUUCAAUCCUGUAGGUCUGGGAUGGGGCCUACAUUCUCUGUCUUUCAGGUAGAAAGACCUUAAAAGAAUGUAAAUUUACCCGAAAGACCUAAAGAAUGUCCAUUUCUAAGUUUCUGGCUGAUGCUAAUACUGCUGCUCUGGAGACCUCACUUUGAGAAGCAAUGCUCUGCAUUAACAAGAAUAGAAAAGGCAACCUCCUGUUGACUGCCUUGGCAUGGAAGUGGCACACAUCACCUCUAUUCAUGUGGACCCACUUAAGUGCCAGGCUGGGGAGGGAAUGUGGCUCCAAGUCUAGCUGAUCACCUCCCAAUCUCUGCCAUGCCUAGCAGAUCCAAAGACAGCAUCUUCUGCAAAAAAUCCCUGUGGAAGCCCAAGGCCUGGCACAAGCCACCCCAUUCCUUUUAGCUGCCACGAUCUUACUGGUUGUCUGUGGAAGAGGACACAUGCCUUUCCCUUCUCUGGUCUCCCCCAAGAGUCCUUAUUUUAUAGUGGUCUUAGAUCCAGCUCAAAUACCACUUUUUCAAAUACAUCUUCUCUGAUUCCAUAGCCUUACCGUUCUUUUCCUUAUUUGUGCUUUCUCCAUCUUUCCAGAUUCUCAAAGCAAGAGUAAUUGUGAAACUCUCCAGUGCACUGGGUGCAGGGAAUCAAGGGUGUAGUCAGAGGCUGGGCAACAAGAUGCCAUUAGUAGUCCAGGGAUGUGGCGCACCUUCACCGGCCAGGUUCUCGGGGCAUUGUCACCAACUUAAAACCCUUGGGGGUACUUUCAUGAGGCCCGCCACGCUGGGAGCAAUCACAGACACAGGGCUCCUCAAGAACAGGCAGGAGGUGGAGGUGAGGGAAAUCCAUCAGUUUUGUGGGGAGCUGUCAGGAGUUCCCGGCGCCGUGACGUGCUACAGUGCGGUCACGUGUGCCGACGCCAGGCACGUGCCGGGCUCUCGGGAACCGUCUCCGCAGCCGCCAGGUGGCACCUCCCCAGCCUCAUGGCCGUCUCGCUGUCGAGCCUCGGCGUGGGGCCCGGAACUUCCAGGCCCUCGGUCCUGAGCCGCCACGUCCUGCUGCCGCUGCUGCUUCUGCUGCCGCUGAGCUGGGUUUGUGGUGAGCCCUGGUGGUCGGAGGAUUUGGAAAUGACCCGCCAUUGGCCCUGGGAGGUGAGCCUCCGGAUGGAAAAUGAGCACGUAUGUGGAGGGGCCCUCAUUGACUCCAGCUGGGUGGUGACUGCGGCCCACUGCAUCCAAGGCACCAAAGAGUACUCAGUGGUGCUUGGCACCUCCAAGCUGCAGCCCAUGAACUUCAGCAGGGCCCUCCAGGUCCCUGUGAGGGACAUCAUUAUGCACCCCAAGUACUGGGGCCGGACCUUCAUCAUGGGUGACAUUGCCCUUGUCCACCUUCAAGCACCUGUCACCUUCAGUGAGUCACUGCUCACCCUGCUGGGCUCCACAGCCAACUCCACGCUGACCCCAGAGCUGCAGGAGGCUGAGGUGUUUAUCAUGGACAACAAGAGGUGUGACCAGCAUUACCACAAGAAGUCCUUCUUUCCCCCAGUUGUCCCCCUUGUUCUGGGGGACAUGAUCUGUGCCACCAAUUAUGGAGAAAACUUGUGCUAUGGGGAUUCUGGAGGGCCAUUGGCUUGUGAAGUUGAGGGCAGAUGGAUUCUGGCUGGGGUGUUGUCCUGGGAAAAGGCCUGCGCCAAGGCACAGAAUCCAGGCGUGUACACCCGCGUCACCAAAUACACCAAAUGGAUCAAGAAGCAAAUGAGCAAUGGAGCCUUCUCAGGUCCCUGCGCCUCUGCCUGCCUCCUGUUCCUGUGCUGGCUGCUGCAGCCCCAGAUGGGCUCCUGACCUCCCUACCCCUUCCUCCUCCUGCCUUGUCUUUGCUGAAUGGGGCCAGAUGGAGGUUUGACCAAGGUCAUGUGUCCAUCUUCAACAAGAGCCAGGGUGGGGAAGAGUAACCCCUGGGAGAAUGGGUCUGGCUUUGGCAUCCUGGUGAGAAGUGUGGUGGAUGACUAGGCCUUGGGUGAGCAGGAGAAGGGAAGUGCAGCCUGGAAGGAUUCUGGAAUCUGGGACCAGGAGAGCAGGGAUUAAACAUGUGUAAACUUGA